AUGUCUGGACGCGGCAAGCAGGGCGGCAAGGCGCGCGCCAAGGCCAAGACGCGCUCCUCUCGGGCCGGCCUGCAGUUCCCGGUGGGCCGCGUGCACCGGCUCCUCCGCAAGGGCAACUAUGCCGAGCGGGUGGGCGCCGGCGCCCCGGUGUACCUGGCGGCCGUGCUCGAGUACCUGACGGCCGAGAUCCUGGAGCUGGCGGGCAACGCGGCCCGCGACAACAAGAAGACGCGCAUCAUCCCGCGCCACCUGCAGCUGGCCAUCCGCAACGACGAGGAGCUCAACAAGCUGCUGGGCAAAGUGACGAUCGCGCAGGGCGGCGUGCUGCCCAACAUCCAGGCCGUGCUGCUGCCCAAGAAGACCGAGAGCCACCACAAGGCCAAGGGCAAGUGAGAUGCCCACCCCGCCAACCACUCCCAAGAUCAGCCAAAGGCUCUUUUCAGAGCCACCCACAGUUUCAUAAAAAGAACUUUGGUAACAUUUUUUUCUAACACCUAAGCUGUGUGGAGGUAACUCUUAAACCUUUUGCACUGGAUCCUACGAUUAGCUGAAUGAAUGAAUACUGAUGUUAACUACACCCCUGAAGCCACUGAGCUCCAAUAUUUUCGGUAUUGGAUGGGGGAUUUAGGUUGGUCAUUGCUUAAAGUAAAUUACUGCUCGUUCUCUGGUUCAAAACGUUACACGCUGCGCGAGUCGCCCGUCCCUCCGGUGUGCAAAGCCACUGCAGAAAGGUUCAUGAGGGCCGAUUUUUCCCCACACCCACGUCUUCUGGAUCGCCUGGGGACCAACAAGAGUAUAUGGUGACACGUUUGUGACACCUUCCGGAGUAUCGUCACACAAUUAAGCUUCUCCUUCAAACGCUCAAGAACGCUUCUACCCAUUCCCUUCGGUUGCAAUUUUUAUGAGCUGAGGAAGCGUUGUAGUGGCAUACACACAAUUCCUCGAACAUUUGCUCGUUACUCCAUUGCUUUUUUCUCAGUGACCUGUUCUCAGGAGAAUUUCCUCAGCAUAUAUAAUUAUGGACACAUUAUGCAUAGCCGUGAGAUUUACUUAAUGUUUAGAUAGUUCCAAUCAGUAUAUUUUUA